AUGACCCAAUUCCGGCCCUGCAUUGACCUCCACUCGGGGCAGGUCAAGCAGAUUGUGGGCGGCACUCUCAGCAAUGUCGCCGAAGACCUGAAGACUAACUACGUCUCAAAGCUCCCCGCCAGUCACUAUGCGGAGCUGUACCGGAAGCGCAACUUGCGCGGCGGGCACGUGGUGAAGCUUGGACCAGGAAAUGAAGAGGCAGCAUUAGAGGCGAUUCAGGCUUGGCCUAAUGGGUUGCAAGUGGCUGGAGGAAUCACGGAUAAGAACGCGCAAUACUGGAUUGAUCAUGGUGCCGAGAAGGUGAGUGCUCUGGCCCAAGCUUUGGGCUCUUCCAUUUGGCUCUGUCGUCGGACAGAAAUUCGAGGACUCUUUGUUAGGAGGGCCGAAUUAUGUUUCGGCAUUGUUUUCAUUAUCUUGAUCAAUGACGCUAAUCAAUGGAAUGUGAAACAACAGGUGAUCAUCACUUCAUUCCUAUUCCCCUCGGGCAAGUUCUCGCUUGAGCGUCUUGAGUUGGUACUUGCAGCUCUUGGUGGCGAUAAGUCGAAGCUGGUCUUGGAUUUGAGCUGCCGGAGAAAGGACAAUACCUGGUUCGUGGCAAUGGACCGAUGGCAGACCAUCACAGAGAUGGAAAUCAACCAAGAAUCCAUCGCCCUUCUGGAGCCCUACUGUUCCGAAUUCUUGAUUCAUGCUGCUGAUGUGGAGGGUCUGCAGCAAGGCGUCGACGAGGAAUUGGUAUCCAAACUGGCUGAAUGGUGUACCAUCCCCAUCACCUACGCUGGUGGUGCCCGAAGCCUGCAGGAUCUGGAGAAAGUUCAUGUCAGCAGCAAGGGAAAGGUGGACUUAACUAUUGGAAGUGCUUUGGAUAUUUUUGGCGGCUCCGGAGUGACAUUUGAUGAGUGUGUCGAGUGGAACAAGAGUCAUUGA